UAAAUACAUUAUAUGUAUAUGUAAAUAUGCCAGAAAUCCCCAGAAAUGUAGCUGAUACAGUCACAGAUCAGCUUGCUGCUUAUAAUAAGUAAGGGUCAGAUAUACUGAAGUAUUUCUUCAUUAUUAACGUUAUAAAGCCAGCCGGUGGGUGUGAAUCAGUCGCAGAGUCAGCAGGACUGCUGAUUAUGACCGGUUAUGUAAGGACACGCGCUGCAUCUCGCCAUUGGACAGGGGCGACGUCGCGCGGAGUUGCGCCCUGUUCGCUUCCUCUUCCUGUGGGACAUGGGGGCGAAAGAUGCUUCUGCCAGCAGUUAGCGAUUAGCUAACUGCAUUUCUUAUAGCUGUCAUACGUGGAUUUUAUUAAUGUAUUGUUAGCCAAUUAUUUUACAAACUAGAAAUCGCGUCAUCGUCCUAUUUCACGUUGCCGAGGGAAGCUUUAGCUUGAAUGCUAACUAGCAGGCUAAAUCACAGCAUCUUUCCGUUUAAUAUUUAUAUUGUAGACAGCUAGCUACCAAGAUACGCAUCAAGAUGGACAAAGAGGAAUCUGACAGACUGAUAGAAAAGGCGAAACUGUGUCUUCGAUCCGGACGGAGAGCUACAGCGCUCCACUUACUGUAUGAGGCUCAGAAACUGUGUCCCAGCACCCGAGCUAGAGGCAAACGGGGAAUUUAGCCGCGCGUCUCACUGUCCCGCAGCCCUUAUUGAUGCCCUGGUGAGGAACGGCAGCACGGCUGGGGACAGGAGGCACCGUGACGGCGAGAGUGACAGGGUCGGUCCGCGGCAGCCUUGCAAGGAGCGAAAUGGGAGCAGCUGCGCAGGCGCAGAUGCAAAGGGCUACGCGGAGGAGCAGCUGCAGGGGGUGCUGAGAAUAAAGAAUUGCAGGGACUACUAUGAGAUCCUCGGUGUGGGAAAAGAUGCCGGCGACGAGGACCUGAAGAAGGCCUACAGGAAGCUGGCGCUCCAGUUUCACCCUGAUAAAAACUGUGCCCCAGGAGCAACAGAUGCUUUCAAAGCAAUUGGGAAUGCGUAUGCCGUGCUGUGCAACCCAGAGAAACGGAAACAGUACGACCAGUAUGGUGAGAGGAUGACUACCAAGUCUCCGGCCACCCACACCUCCGGCCAGGCUCACCACACCCACCGACGUAACGUCUACCGGGAUUUUGAGGCAGACAUAUCCCCGGAAGAGCUCUUCAACAUUUUUUUCGGGGGCAGAUUCCCCACAGGUAACAUCCACGUGUACACCAACCGCAGGGCCACCUACGGCCAUUAUUACAACCCUUGGCCACGACAUAGGAACGAGGGGCGGGAGGAAGAGGAGGCAGAGGAGACAGACAGUAACAACCGUAGCCAGAACUCCUUCACUGCCUUACUGCAGCUGCUUCCCGUGCUGGUGCUCAUUCUCAUCUCCGUGGUAACCCAGCUGAUGCAUACCAGCCCCUCCUACAGCCUCUUCUACAAUCCGUCUCUGGGCCUGGUGGUCUCCAGGGAGACGCAGCACCUGGGCGCGCCCUACUACGUGAGCCAGGGUUUCCAGAAAGAGUACAAGGGGGUCUCGCUUUGGGAGCUGGAGAAAUCCAUCGAGAGCAGCUAUAUGGAGCUCCUGCAGAGCAGCUGCGUGAAAGAGAAGCAGCAGAAGUCCGACUUGGCCAAUCUGGGCCUCCUGUAUCACGAUGAGCGGCUGAAGCAGAAGGCGGACUCCAUGAAGUUGGACGACUGUGAGAAGCUGCAGCGCCUGGUGGUACGGGCGAGGGGCGAGUGAAGCAGGCAGGGCGGGGUACCCCCAUCCCCCCUGUCAUCCCUGCCGUUUAUUUAUACGUACUUCAUUUGGUCGUACUUUCGCACUUAGAAUGCUGGUUUACGGUUACGUGUUCAUCUUUAUUUAUUUACAUCGGGUGCCAUUUGCACCGGCUUUCUGAGCUGGUGCUCUUACUUAAAGUUUCACUGGGGUCUAAAGCACAUGAGAAAAUCGCAGUAAAGUGUACUGUCAUUUCCUUACAUUAAGGGAAGCGGUAUCUCUUACACCUGUUCAUGCCUAUUUAGUUGCACAAACGUAAGGGUGUAUAGGUUUAGCUAUUUAGAAACGGCAGGGAGAUACGCCCAAUUCAGGUCAGGGAGGAUGUGAGAGGUCUUGUAUGAAAGGUUUGGUUUGUAGCUUUGUGUAUAAAAGACUGAGACAUGACAGCUUUUGGGGAAGAACUAGGGGAGACACGGAUACAUGCAAACUAAACACUAAGCUGAAAUGAAUCAGCAUAAAAGGAAUUCUCCUCUCCCAGGGAAGCAGCUCGCUCAGUUGUCUAGGGUAGGAUGAGAUGGCAGUAACACCUCGCUGCGUGUGGUCGCGGGCCUAUGACAUUGCAGUCACAUGACAGCGACUGACAGCUUUACCAUGUCAGCGGUUAUCUUCCGGUUUUUACGAAAUACUCCAGCUGUUUCCUCUUUUUCACCUAAUUUUUAUCUGAAGAGGCAAUUUUGGUAACAGUAUUUUGCAGAGCAGUUUGCCUCGCCUCAAAGCAGCUGUGGAGGAAUGAAGAGAUAUGUCUGACAAAUCAGUGUUAAGUUUCGCUUUGGUUGCUUUUAACUACGGCUUUAGCUACACAAGCAGAAGUCCGGUCCCUUUAUUUAAAACACACUGAUACUCUGUAGCCAUGGUACUGAUUAAUUGCUUAGUGCUGUUUGAGUAAAACAUCCUACCAUGGAG